GGCGAGUCGCGUCGUAUUCCAUUCCCCACUCCAUCCCACUCCGCCACUCGCUGCUCCCUUCGCCAUGGCGGUGAAGGGGAAGGGCAAGCAGGUGGCCGCCGAAUCCCCUGGCCCAGGCGCCGGCGGGGCCUCCGGGUCCGGCGGGAAGCGGCGGAAGGCCUCCGGCGACGCGGGGGCGGGGCCCUCGUCGUCCUCCGCCGCGAAGCGCCGCCGUCGCGCCGGGGUCCUCCAGUUCGUCGACGACGUAGCCGGCGUUGACGACGACUACGAGGAGGAGGAGGAGGACGAGCUUGAGCUCGAGUCCGAGGAUGACCCCGAUGACGGUUUCUUUACUGGUGGGGAACAUGUACAAAAUCCGAGUCACAAAAGAACCGAAAGGUCACACCCUCUUCCAUUUCUUGUAAAGGAAGAGGAGCUUAGCGGCGAUGAACUUGAGGAAUUCAUCAAGACCCGAUACAGUAAUAGUGUGAAAUACGCUGCUGAUCGGAGCUAUUCUAGAGAAGAUGAUGACAUUUUCCCCAAUGAUUGUGCACUCAAAGAGCCUACUAUUUGGAGAGUUAAAUGCAUGGUUGGGCGUGAGCGCCAAAUGGCCUUCUGUUUCAUGCAAAAAUUUGUUGACCUGCGAAAAAUUGGUACCAAAGUGCCAAUUAUCACAGCAUUUGCUCUUGAUCACAUAAGAGGGUUUGUUUUUGUUGAAGCGGAGAAGGCGUGUGAUGUUACAGAGGCAUGCAAAGGGUUUUGUAGUGUCUACGUAAGCAGAAUUACUUCUGUUCCUGCAGCUGAAGUUCCUAGCUUGUUAUCUAGCCGUACGAAACCAUUUGUACUCUCUCGUGGUACAUGGGUCCGCAUGAAGAAUGGAAACUAUAAAGGUGAUCUGGCACAGGUUGUUAUUGUGGAUGAUGGACGCAAAAAAGUGAUGAUAAAAAUUAUACCCAGAGUUGACCUUCAUGCUAUUUCAAAAAAAUUUGGUGGUGCAGUUUCACUAAAAGAAGCUGCAGUUCCUGCUCCACGGUUGAUCAGCUCCCAAGAACUAGAGUUCUUCAGGCCUCAUAUUGAAAUUAAACGCGAUCGUCAGACUGGUGAAGUUUUUGAAGUACUUGAUGGUCUGAUGUUCAAAGAUGGAUUUCUGUAUAAAAAGGUUGCACUUAGUUCUUUGAUUUAUUGGGGGAUACAACCGACAGAAACAGAGCUUUUGAAGUUCUCUUCUAGUCCAACCAAUAGAGCUUCUGCUGAUGACUUGGAUUGGCUCUCUGGCAUGUAUGGCUCUAAGAAAAGGAACCUUCCAGCAGAACGGGAUAUGAAGCCAUCAUCUUCUAAAUUAAAAUCCUCCAAAACAUCGGACCUUAAAGCGUCAACUUCUACUGAAAAUUAUGAUGAUAAUGAUGUAUUCAACCUUCAUGAUCUUGUACUCUAUGGGCGAAAAGAUUUUGGUGUGAUCAUUGCUGUUGAGAAAGAUGGAUUUAGGAUACUAAAGGGUGGUCCUGAAGGAUCUGCAGUGACAGUGAGAAAGCAGGAUAUUAAGAAAGUCUGUGUAGAUAAAAUGUUUACAGCUGUCGAUCAUCAAAAGAAGACAAUAUCCAUUAACGACACUGUUAAUGUUGUGGACGGGCCAUUUCAGGGUAAUCAAGGGGUUGUUAAACACUUGUACUUGGGAAUACUGUUCAUUUAUAAUGAGAGUGAAAGUGAGAACUGUGGGUUUUUCUGUGCUCAAAGUGGGUCAUGCGAAAAGAUACGGAAGGGUCUGGGAAGCUCUACUACUGAAAGUUCGGACUUUCCAACUCCCAUGUUUUCUGAACCUACUUAUGAGCAAAAUGAGCAUCGGGACACUGAAAGGCCUUAUAGGAGCACCAGAGAACAACUUUUCUCUGUUGGGCAGAUGCUGCGUAUUAGAAAGGGUCCUUUGAAGGGCUACCUCUGUCGAGUAGUUCGGAUAUUUCGGAACGAUGUGACUGUUAAGCUAGAUUCUCUACUGAAAACUGUUACAGUACAAGCUGAUCUUCUCUCAGUCCCAGCUAAUAGGGGGGAUAACUUGUCUGGUGCUCCAGCUAGUAAAUUUGGAAGUCAAGAUACAUCCUUCUUUGGUUCAGAAGCUGGCAAAACUUCAUGGGACAAUGGGUUGCCAUCGUUUGGCAGUGACUCUUGGCAACCCUUUUCCAGUUCCACGGCACCAGUCCAGAAUGCAGGUGGAGAAUCAGAAGCUGACCCGUGGUGUAAGAAAACUUCUGCUGAAGAUGAUUCUGGUCCAUGGGGUAAGAAAACGAAUGGCGAUUCUGAUGCGUGGGGUAAGGAAGCGGUAUCUUCUGUUGAUGGCGAUUCCACUCCAUGGGGUAAGGAAACAGUACCUUCUGCUGCUGGUGAUUCUGAUCCAUGGGGUAAGAAAGUGGUGUCUUCUGCUGAUGGUGAUUCUGAUCCGUGGGGUAAGAAAGCAGCAUCAUCAGCUGUUGAAGUUUGGAACACUAGUGCCAUUCAAAAGGAAGGCUCUAGUAGCAAUGCAUGGGACAAACAAGCUGGAGUUGGUGGAUCUGAUGCUGCUGGCAGCUCCUGGGACAGAGCGGUUGUCAAUAAGGAGAGUGCAAAGAGUGACAACUGGGGAGAGGCUUGCAGGGUUAUGGACAUGGGAACCGGAGCUGACACAGACCCUUGGGGAAGCAAGGUCAAAGCAGUAGAUGUGGAAGGACCAAAUAGCUGGGAAAAGGCUACAGUGCCUCCAGACAGCAAGCUGGAGGAUGCCAGUCAAGGAUGGGGCCAACCUAAGGGCAACUCAACUGAAGACCAAACAAAAGACAAUGUUUCUAAAGAUGUGGACAACAAUAGGGCUUGGGGCAGUUCUUUGCCUGUCACCGAAGAUGGUACCUGGGGCAAGUCAAAAGACAAUACUUGUGAUGGAGCAGGUGGUGCAGGAGGUUGGGAUGCUUCUGCUGCCAACUGGACUAAAUCAUCUGUUGCGGGUGAUGCACAGAAUGAAGGUUGGGGCAAAGGAAACUGGUCAUCUGCUAAGUCUGAAGAAACAAACAAUGAUAUUGGAAAUUGGAACAAAGCUGGAGCUUCGGACCAAGCUGGUGACAGUAAUUGGGAUAAACCGAAAUCUUUUGGUGGUGAUGGUUGGAACAAGGGUGAUGAUCAGAAUAGCAGUUGGAACAGGCCCGGAAAUUUUGGAGGACGUGGCUUUGGGCGAGGACGAGGGAGAGAUAGGGGCCAGGAAUCUGGAGAUUUCAAUGUCAGGAAUGAUCAAAGAAGUUGGAAGAAUUCAUGGGGUGGUGACAAUGCUGAAAGACCCUCUUGGAGGUCUGAUAAUCAGGUAGACAAUGAAGGAGGUUCUGGUGGAUAUAGGGGAAGGGGAAGAGGAGGAAGGGGGCAAUAUGGAGGACGAGGGAGAGACAAUGGUUGGAGAAAUGGUGACAGAAGCGAUUCUGUGUUUGGAAGGGAAAGUAACAGUGGUGAUGGUGCAAAAUGGGGUGGUGGAGGUAAUUGGAACGCUACAAAUCCACCAAGUAACCAGCCUUGGAGUAGUAGUGGAGGCACCAAGUCAUAUGGUCAAAAUCAGCCUUCCACUCUGAAUAAUUCAGAGGAUAACAAACAAUCUGUAGGUGAACAAGGUGAUCCUUGGGCAAGCAGGGUGUCUGCUACUGAAGGUAAAGAACAACAGAAUGAUCCUUGGUCAAGUAAGAUGACUUCUGGUGGUGCUGAGGAUACAAGUGGUGGCUGGGACACCAAGGCGAAAGACUCUUCCUUCAAUGAUGGGGGUGAAGGACUACAGAACGAUCCAUGGGCAAACAAGAUUGGUUCUAAUGAAGGUAAAGAACAAGAAAAUGAUCCUUGGGCCAGCAAGAUGUCUUCUACUGUGGGUGCUGAUGACAGGAAUGGUAGCUGGAACACAACAGCAAAGAGCACUCCAUCUAAGGAAGAGGCUGAUGAUCGCUGGAAUAGGAAGGGGGGUAAUGAUGACAGCAAGAAAACUGACACCUGGGGUGCUGGCUCGUCAGGUGGGAAUCAGGAAUCUUCUUGGAGCAAACCGAAUUUCUCUUUGGGGGAUCAGGAACCUACUUGGAACAACUCAAGGUUUGGUGAUGAUGACAAUGGAAAUAAUAGAGGCGGAUUUGGACGUGGAAAUCGUGGCAGAGGGAGAGGAAGGAACUUUGGGGAUGGUGGUGGAUCAUCAUGGAAUGGAGGCAAUAGAAACGAUGAAUCAGGUGGCGGUAGGUCUGGAGAGCCAUGGAACAGGAGGGAUUUUGAUGGUGGCAGAGGAAGAGGGAGAGGUCGCUUUGGGCGUGGUGACCGUAAUCAAGGCAACAACUUUGGGUCAGGAGAUGGUGGCAGCUGGGGCUCUGGCAGGGGAGAUGGUGGCAGCUGGGGCUCUGGCGCGGGAGAUGGUGGCAGCUGGGGCUCUGGCAGGGGAAACGGUGGCCGGAGUGGUUACAGGAACUGGAACACCUCUGGUGGAGAUGAUCAGGCAGGAAAGAGUAAUGCCAACAACUCCUGGAGCCAGAACAGAUCAUCUCCAUCUAUCCUGGGUCAGCCAAGCGGUGAUGCUAACAAGUCUAGCACUUGGGGUGCUCCCAGUGGAGCAGCUGGUGGCGGAGGUUCUUGGGGAAAGAGCAACGAGGAUAACUGGAACCCAUCUGGAGGAUCUGCCAAAGAGAAGCCUUCAUGGGGCGGUGGGUCAGGAGCUCCUCCCAAGAAAGAGGACGGUGGUGCCGAGGGGAGCGGGAGCCAAGGAGGUGGCACUGGCAGUACCUGGGAUAAAGCGGCAGAUGGUGGCACUGGCAGUACCUGGGAUAAAGCGGCAGAUGGUGCAUGGAACGGCAACAAGGGUACUGAUACUGGCAGUGGUGGAUGGUAAAGCUUUCGCGAAAAUCAACUUGCGCCUUAUUGGCGCUGACAUGUAAAUAAUGUGCCCGUGCUGUGUGAACUGUGUUGGUGCGUGUCUAGUUCGAAUCAGUUAUUUUGGCCGUGCGAACUCAAGAGCAUGGCUUGUGACCAGUUAAAUGUUACCAAGUGCUUGCUGUAAUUUGGUGCCUUUGCUC